AUGGUGCUCGAGGCUGGCUAUCCGAAUACGACCGGCUUCCGCAAGGUCACGAAGGCCACCAUCCUGGUCAAGAAGAAGGACGGCAUCUCCGACCAGGCCUUUGUCGAGCAUUACACCAGGCACCACGCCGCAAUGGCCGCCGAGGUGCUGCUCAAGCACAAGAUCAUCACUUACUCCUUGACCUUCCAUCUUAAGCAUGACCGCACCGUCACCCAGGACAUCAUGAAGGGGAAGGCGCAGCUGCUCGACUACGACGCCAUCUGCACCUUUGUCUUCCCGGACUACUUGAGCUUCGCCAAGUUCAUGUACGACAGGGAGGGCCACGCCCUGUCGUCCGACCACGACAACUUCAUGGACGAGAGCCAGAUGAAAAUGAUGGUCGGCGACGAGUACAUGGUCAUCGACGACGGUAAGAAGGUCGAAAAACCGGACGCGAGUGCCGCGUAG